CUCGAGACUGGAGAGCAAAACGAAAAACCGAGACAAACCAACCUCACUUGAAACUGAAAUCCUUGAUUUCUCUUGCAAUUUUCCUGCAGGCCAAACAUUUUCCCGGAAAUGCAAACUCCUGAGGACAUUCGCAAUCUUCCAAUCGAUAUCACCUACUCUCGUCUUGGAGAAUGGUUGGUUGAUCGGAAGAGAAUACCAGCGGAUUGGCGAAAGCGAGUGGCCGUGAUUCGAGCUAGAAUCUCGAAGGAGUUCACAUCUUUGCCUAAGGAUAUUGAUCCUUACUUUCAUACCCUAGAUGCUGAAGGGAUUGAUUACUUGGAGGCUAAAAAAUUAUAUGAGAUCCUUCUGAAGACUUCUUCGGAAAGCCGGAAUAUAUUUGGUCGGCUAUCAGGAGCUGCUGGUGCUUGGGAAGCUAUAGUGCGUGCUUUUGAGAAGGAUCAUAUCUACCUCGGUGAGGUGGCUCAAAUAAUUGUGCAGAAUGUAAACUAUGAAAUCCCAUAUCAGAGAAAGCAGGUGCAAAAGAUCCAGCAGCAACUUGCAGAACUUGAGCGUAGGGAAACUGAUAUUAAAAGAAGUGCUGCUUUAUCAGCAACUAAAUAUGCUGAGGCUUGUCAAGAGCUUGGCUUGCAGGGAAAAAAUGUAAGGCUUGAACUUUUGGAGACUGCAGAUUCACUUCCCAAUACAUUUAGCAAGAUUCUUGAAGUUCUAAACAGUGAUUCUAUAUCACAAGCCAUGGAGUUCUAUUCUAAUUUUGUCGAAGAUGUUCACACAGAGAAGGAUAAAUCCUCGAGGACUGUGCUACUGAAUCUCAAAGACAUGCGUGAAAAUCCCCCAUCUUUAUCUGUUUCUGUGGCAAUUGAGUUAUUUGAUACUCAGAAUGUUCAGUUAAGCUCUCAUAAAAAAGACCAUGUAGCAGGGGACACGGAUGAUGCUGCAGACGGUAUUGAUUGGGGUAUUACUGUUGACAGUGCUCAGAUUGAUUGGGAUAUUGGUACACUAGUUGAAGCAGAUGAUAGUGGCAAUGGUUUGGGGCCAUAUGAAAUUGUUAAUGCCAGUGAGAUCCCAGAGAAUAUUUCAUCUAGUGAAACUGUGAAAUUGGAUCAAACUGUGUCUGAGAUUUCGUGGGAUAUUAGUGUUGAAACGUCUAAAAUAGAUAUUGUUGACGAUGCCAAUUUGCACAAUAUAGGCCUGGAAGAACAGACAUGUGUUACUGAUACCUUGUCUCCAACCCUAGGAACAAGGGGAGAGAGGAGCCAGCUGUUGGAGACAGAUUACCGGAAUAAGAUUCUUGAUGAUUUAUAUGAGAUCAAAGCAUUUCUGAAUCAACGUUUAGCAGAGUUGAGGAAUGAAGAGACUCUUUCCUUGCAACAUCAAGUCCAAGCCGUUGCUCCCUUGGUGCUACAGCAACACACUCCAGAUAUCAUUGAGACAAUGUUGCAUGAUGUUUCCUCAGCCAUUUCCUUGCUUACAAAUAAGAAAACUCGGGAUUUAAUCAUGAUUCUCAACUCAAAAAGAUUUCUAGACAGACUAGUGAAUACCUUGGAGGAAAAAAGGCAUCACGAGGUCAAGCUAAGAGAGGGGUUGAAGGACAUUGCAACUAAACGCAUGGAGCUUCAAAAUUCUUUAUCUUCCUUGUGGCCGAAGCAGGAAGCAUCUCUUGCAAGAACCAGGGAGCUGAAAAAGUUAUGUGAGAGUACACUUUCAUCCAUGUUUGAUGGAAGACCUGUCAAUAUAAUCGGAGAAAUCAAUACCUUGUUGAACAGUGGUUUGUCUGCUUAAAACUGUGGAGGAAAUGUUUAUGUAGGAAUAGGACUAUUAUAAUUGAAAUGGCAGAAUGAGAUUCAGAAAGUGGCUAGUGGAAAUCAAGAAAUAUCAUCUUUCAUGGAAACCUCUUUUAGUUUGGGUGUUUUUUGGUACACCAUUUUUUUUUAUUAAAUCUGGACUUUUCCCCAGAUUUAACAGUCCGUUUAUAUCAAGAAAACAAGGAGUUGAUAUGAA